GCAGACGCAGGGCGUGUGACGGCUGCGCGUUCGGAACUGGUUUGUCCUGUGGCGCUUGCUGUAGGGAAAUGGUGCACGGGACAGAGAGAGCCUGGCAGCGUUAGGUCUGAGGCUGAGCAGGAAGACAAGAAGGCGGGAGGGACGCGCAGCACUGGAGAUGGGCCUGAGUUAAUAAAACAUGCUGCGGAACACGAUUGCUCACUUUCCCACAUCUAUGAAUGGUGGCCCAAGCAUGUGGCCCAUCACCACAGAGGAGAGGGCCAAGCACGAUAAGCAGUUUGCCAGUCUGAAGCCAAUCAACGGACUAAUUAGUGGUGACCAAGCACGCAGCUUCUUCUUACAAUCUGGUCUCCCAUCCUCCGUUUUGGCCGAAAUAUGGGCUUUGUCAGACCUGAACAAAGAUGGCAAGAUGGACCAGCUGGAGUUCUCCAUUGCAAUGAAAUUCAUCAAACUGAAACUGCAGGGACAAUCUCUGCCCUUGGUCCUACCUCCUGUAAUGAAACAGUCCCCGGUCUUCUCGCCAUUAUCCUCCUCCCGCUAUGGAAUGGGGAGCAUGCCAAACUUGUCCAUGCCACCACCCAUGCCUUCCCUCAUACCAUUGGCACCCACUACACCCUUAAACUCAAUGAGCUCUUUACCUCCCCUACUUAUGUCAACUCCCCUGGUGCCUUCUCUUGGAUCAUCAUCAACUUUGCCAAAUGGAACAUCCACUGCUCUGCUUUCGUCUUUCUCUGUGCCUUCGUCUUAUUCUACACUGCCUCAUAACACCUCGAUAAAUCUCCUGGGUGGAGGAUUCAGUAGCACCACUAUGCAGAAGACUCAGUCUCUCAUAGACCUGGCAUCCAGCAGCUCCAAUUCCUCAUCUCCCUCUUCGCUGACUGGCAACUCCCCAAAAACCACUAACCAGGACUGGGCAGUGCCUCCGGCAAUCAGACUGAAAUACAGGCAGAAGUUCAACAGCCUUGAUAAAUCCAUGAGUGGCUACCUUACAGGUUCUCAAGUGAAGAACGCUCUGGUGCAAUCAAGCCUUUCCCAUACACAGCUCGCCACUAUCUGGAGCUUGGCUGAUAUUGACAAAGAUGGAAAGCUAAAAGCGGAUGAAUUUGUUCUAGCCAUGUAUUUAACGGAUAUGGCUAAAGUUGGGCUGCCACUCCCACUCACUCUUCCCCCAGAAAUGGUUCCUCCUAAUUUUCGUGGUAAUGUAAGUAUCACUGCUAGUGACCCUAUCAAUGGAACGGUACCUCUGUACCACAGAAUGCAAGAGGAAGAACCACCUCAAAAAACCACAGCAGCGACAUUUGAGGAGAGGCGACAGGAGAACAUUGAGAAGGGCAACAUGGAGCUGGAGAAGAGGAGGCACGUGCUCAUGGAGCAGCAGCAAAGAGAAGCCCAGAGAAAGGCACAGAAAGAGCGGGAAGAGCUGGAGCGCAGAGAGAGGGAGCGUCAGGAGCUGGAGCGAAAGAAGCAGCUGGAGCAAGAAAGGCGAAUGGAGCGGCAGCGUGAGCUAGAGAGGCAGAGGGAGGAAGAGAAGAGGAAGGAAAUUGAAAGAAGAGAGGCAGCAAAGCAAGAGCUUGAGCGGCAGAGGCAGCAGGAGCUGGAGAGGAUCCGUCGGCAUGAGCUGUUCAACCAGAGGAACAGAGAGCAGGAGGAGAUUGUGAAGCUGAAGUCCAAGAAGAAGAGCUUACAGCUGGAACUGGAAGCACUUGAGGAUAAACACCAGCAGAUCACUUCGAGAGUCCAAGAUGUACGAGGGAAAAAACACCUGAAGAGGACUGAGCUGGAGACCUUAGACAGAAAGUGUGACGCAGGAAUUAUGGAAAUCAAGCAAUUGCAACAAGAACUGCAGGAAUAUCAAAGCAAGCUGAGCAUUAUGCUUCCUGAAAAGCAGUUUCUGAAUGAGAAGGUUAAUCAGAUUCAAGCUGUUAACUCUAAUGACCAAUCAGGCACUGGUUUUCAUGGACUUCAGAAAAAAGUCUCGGAGAAAGAUGGUCUGUGCCAAAGACUUCGGGAACAGCUGGAGGCCCUGGAGAAGGAAACAAGUUCAAAGCUGCAGGAAAUGAACUCAUUCAAUAACCAACUUAAGCAUGAGAAUAUGGAUGACUCUGUUCUACAGUGCCUAUUGUCUCUUCUCAGCUGCCUCAGCAGUCUCUUCCUCUUGCUUAAGGAUCUGAGAGAAAGCUACAGUAAGCAACAGGCUGCCUUACAUCAGUUGCAGAAGAUCAAGCAAGAAAAACUGAGGGAAAUAGAGCAGAAACGAGCCGAGCAGGCCCAAAAGAAGCAGGAGGAAGAGGAGGCUGCAAGGAGAGCCAAGCAAGAGAGAGAAAACCUCUGGCUGGAAAAUCUUAAGAAAGAAGAAGACGAGAAGCAAAAGCGCUUAGAAGAUGAGAGAAGGAAAGAGCAGAAGCUUCUGGAAAAGCAUAGAGCAGAGGAGGAAGCAGCAACACGGCAGAGGGAAGCCCAGCAAAGGCUCGCAGAGGAGAAGAGAAAACAGGAAGAGAGGGAAGAGGAACAGAGGAAGAAGCAGCAGGAAGAGGAAAAACACAGGCAGGCCCAGCUGAAGAAGGACCUGGAGGAGAAAAGCAAAGCGGAGGAAGAGGAGAAGAGACGCAAGGAAAGCUCUAGCCGCAAAGGUUCUGAGAAGAGAUUUUCCAAGCUCAGCCUGGAUGGGAAGUUUACUGACAAGCUGAAGAAUAUUGGAGGCAGGAACAUCAGCUCUGAGAGAGGGAAAGAAGCCAGCACCACCAGCAUCUCUGAUAACAGAAAGUCAUCUACAGCUGCAUUUGUCAACUACACAGCCUUGUACCCUUUCGAGGCUCGAAACGCAGAUGAGCUGAGCUUCAAUGCUGGGGAUAUUCUCCAGGUGGAUGAGAAGAAUGCAGGAGAACCUGGCUGGCUGUACGGCUGCUUGAGGGCAAAUGUCGGCUGGUUCCCUUCCAACUACGCAGAGAGAUCCGCUAAGACUGAGGCACCGCUAUCCCCGAAGAAAGCCUUACUGCCUCUCGCUGUCUCCGUGUCUACCUCAUCUCCUGCCAAGCCACUUGUGAUGAGUAAAUCCUCCUCGGAGAUAGAUACAGAGUAUCAGAACCUUCCUUUCUCCAGCCUUAAUGUGAACAACACAACAUGGCAGAAAACAUCUGCAUUUACCCCUACUGUAUCCCCGGGCACCAUCUCACCAAUACACGGGCAGGGGCAGCCAGGGGAGAGCGUAAAAGCGCAAGCACUGUGCUCCUGGACUGCAAAGAAAGAUAACCACUUAAACUUUUCCAAAAAUGACACCAUCGUUGUACUGGAGCAGCAGGAAAACUGGUGGUUUGGCGAAGUCCGAGGACAGAAGGGCUGGUUCCCAAAAUCUUAUGUGAAAAUUCUUCCUGGCACAGUUGCUAAAACUGCGGCGCCAGAACCAGUCUAUGCGGCCGUGAAGAAGAAGCCGGGUACAUCCCCCGCAACUGGAGAAGAGUAUGUGGCCCUGUAUGGCUACUCAAGCUCAGAGCCUGGAGAUCUCAAUUUCAAUGAAGGAGAUCUCAUCCUAGUGACCCAUAAAGAUGGAGAAUGGUGGACGGGUAGAAUAGAAAACAGGACAGGCAUUUUCCCAUCAAACUAUGUGCGGGCCGGAGACCAGGAGGUUUCCAGUGGCGCGGGCAAAACUGGAACGUUAACCAAAAAGCCUGAGAUAGCCCAGGUGACCACCGCUUACACUGCCACCGGUUCAGAGCAACUCAGCUUGGCACCAGGGCAACUCAUCCUCAUUCAAAAAAAGAAUCCCUCGGGAUGGUGGCAAGGAGAGCUGCAGGCGAGAGGCAAGAAAAGGCAAAAGGGCUGGUUCCCAGCAUCGCAUGUUAAAUUACUUGGACCAAAUAAUGAAAAAGCUGCACCCGCCUUCAUUCCAGUGUGCCAGGUGAUAGCCAUGUACGACUACAUCGGCAACAAUGAAGACGAGCUUCGCUUCAGCAAAGGGCAACUUAUCUACGUGCUAAAUAAAGAUGAUGCCGAUUGGUGGCAAGGCGAAAUCAACGGCGUGACUGGCCUCUUUCCCUCCAACUACGUCAAAAUGACCAAGGAGAGUGAUCCCAGCCAGCAGUGACACACUUCCCGUAUGAAAGCACUACAGAGACCCACUAUCCAAGCCUGACCAUAUCGCCGACCCCAUCUUUGGCUUCAUGUGAAUGAUCAACGGACCGCAGCCUAUCCCUCUGGCGGGACCUCCUCUGACAUUCGAUUCUCCUCUGCUUUCUCUUGCAUUGUCUAUGUGGAAGGAUAGUGGCUCUUUGUGGGGCUUCCAUUGCUUUCCGCUUGCUCCCUGAUAUGGGCCGUGCCACUUACACAUUCUAACCAAUCACUGAGCAAAGCAAUUGUAGCAUGGACCCCAUUGAAAAGGGAGGGGCUCACCGUGUAUUGCGGCAUUCCUCAUACCUGUGAGUGGUCCUUUAAAGGGUAACUAUCCUGAAUAUGAAAAUUUAGUAUAAGCUUCAGCAUACUGAAAUAAGACGUUUUCUAAAUAUAAUCAA